AAUAUGAACUCAAAUGAUCAAACUGUACAUAUCGGUUGACUAGGUAUUUAUUCGGUUAUACUUGAAUAAACGAUAACUUAGAACUUUAAUUAAUAAAAAAAUAUAUCUGAGUUUAAAAAAUGAACAAAAAAUUACUCGAUUAAACGAAUAUAAUGAAAAUCGAUUACAGUAUUUCAAUGCCCAACACUAUUUAUGAAGUUUGACAGUUUUGACACUUUGGUUGCUAUAGCAACCUCGAUUGUUUUGGUUUCCGUAAACAAGUGAACUUCAAAAGAACUUCAAACUUGUGAACUAUUUUCCUAAAUUCAUAAAAUCAAGAUCGUUCGCAUGUUAAGUGAAAAACAUGGAUGAUAUUGUUUACAACAUCAAUAUUAGUGGAGUUUAGCGGUAAUACUUGUGCGUUACUCGUGGGUGAAGCAGUCAAAUGAGCCAGAACCAUCACCAUGGGAAUGUCAAGAAAGAGGACCCAAAACGGAAGGAUGGUGUCCAAAAACCUCAGAAGAAGAGUCCAGAAAAAAAUAUGUCCGAAAUCGACGAACACAUUCUAAAGAGGUUCGAUAUUAAAAAGAGGUUGGGAAAAGGCGCGUAUGGUAUCGUGUGGAAAGCCGUGGACAAGAAGACCAAGGAUGUGGUGGCCAUUAAGAAGAUUUUCGACGCUUUCCGCAACCAGACCGAUGCUCAGCGGACUUUCCGUGAAAUUAUUUUUCUUCAGUCUUUCCGGAACCACCCAAAUAUUGUCAAGCUGCAUAGUAUACAUAGGGCCCUCAACAACCGUGACAUCUACCUCGGCUUCGAAUACAUGGAGACGGAUCUACACAACGUGAUCAAACGCGGCAAUAUACUCAAGGAUAUACAUAAGCGGUACAUUAUGUACCAGAUGCUGAAGGCCACCAAGUACAUACACUCGGGGAAUGUGAUACAUAGGGACCAGAAGCCGAGUAAUGUGCUCAUUGAUAGCGCUUGCAGAGUGAAGCUAGCAGACUUCGGGCUGGCCCGUUCAGUCUCCAGCCUGUACUCCGGCGGCGAGGACGGUGCGGACCCGUGCCUCACGGACUACGUGGCCACCCGGUGGUACCGCGCGCCAGAGAUACUCAUCGCUAGUAAGAACUACACAAAGGGCAUCGACAUGUGGAGCCUGGGCUGCAUCCUGGGCGAGAUGCUGACGGGCAAGCCGCUGUUCCCGGGCACGUCCACCGUCAACCAGGUCGAGCGGAUCAUGAGCGCGCUGCCAAGGCCGUCCGCUGAGGACAUAACCACAGUCUGCAGCGGCUACGGCUCAGCCCUUAUCCGGGAGCAGGCCCACUCCUCGACUAGUGGGCCUUCCCUGGCCGCCCUGGUGUCGUCAGCUCCGAGAGACGCGGCCGACCUGGUGUCUAGACUGCUGGUCUUCAACCCGGCCAAGAGGCUCAGUGCUGAACGCGCGCUGGACCAUGAGUAUGUGGCCAAGUUCCAUCGUGAGCGCGACGAGCCGGUGCUUUCGACCGACGUGCUACUUCCCCUGCGUGAUGACAAGCAGGUCUCAGUAGACGACUACCGGAACAAGCUCUACAGCAUCAUGGCCAAGGGCUCCAGCAGUGCCGUCAGGAAGAACCAUUCUGGGAGUAAAACGCACCUACCAACAACAGCUAAAAGCAGCAAGAGCUUCCAAGAGACGACGGACUACAAGUCCUACGCGACCUCCCACAAGCCCAAACUGAGCAGCUCUUCGGCUGACCAAAAAUCUAGACCCAAACUAAAGCAUUCAUCACACAUUGAAAGACCACCAAGGGAAUACAAAUCAGAAAUCAGUGCGAGUAUAUCAAAGCCAGUAAGAGCUACGAAAACGUUCGAACACCGUCCAGAAUGGUUUGAAAAUUCAAAUUGUCAUGGCGAUUAUAUCCAGCCAGUGUCUCGACAGAGUUCCUCAGAAAUAGGUUAUGGGGUGAAGAAAAACUCCUUGCUGCAACAAAGGAGGAAUUCGUCGACGUUUUCGACCAUUUCUAUUGGUGGGGAUGCAGACUAUGGGGGGUACAAGUCGGGUCAAAGCCACGGGGUUAUAACUGCCAGUGCGUUGAUGGAUCUACGUACUGGCAUUCGAUGAACAUUUUUUUCUUUAUUUUUGAAUAUAGUUAGUUAGGUGGGUUUUUGCAGAUAAGUAUUUCUUUUUUGUUACUUUUGUGUCUUUUCUCGAUCGUGAAAAGGUUUUUUGUUAUUUGAAGCUGUGUUGUUUUCUAGUCAUUGUUUUGUUUAUUUGGAAAAUAAAUAAGUACUUAUCUUUGUUUUAUAAUGGGGCAAUUACAUUAUGAUAUUUGUUUAGUGUAUGUAAUGAAAAAUUUAAAAUGAUCCGUCCAGAGCACUUAUGAAAUUAAGAAAUUUAGGAGUAGGUUUAAGGCUCAACACAGUAGUUUUUACAUAUAAUAAUUAUAUACUUACCUAAUACCUACUGACUGGGAGUACCUAGAAUUCAGGUAAGGACCUACAAUUUCGUCACAUAAACCGAGGUAAAACGUCUGGUACUAGAAUUCUCACUUGUUGUAGGGGCUGGGAAAUUAAUACAAAUAUCGUUGACUUCAGUUAAACAUAUUCGAAAAUAUUUGGCGGAUUCUCUACGCAAUCUGACUAGAGUAGGCAGAAUCGUAUGAAUGUUGAUAUUACAAUAACACCCUUCUUUUUACGUUGGGGGUUAAACUAGGUCGGCACUGUUGUUGCGCCCAAGGGGACUACAAAAUGACAUGGAUUAAUCCACUAACUCGUAAGUACACAGGUUUGUUCAUAAACGGUGUGAUUUAACGGUAAUUAAUUAUUUAAUUAAUGAAUAUGAACUCACUAUUAGGAAUUAAUUUUAACACAUCUCAACGUGGUUUGAUGUUAUGAACUAGACUUUCCAGUUUGACACUUUUAUAUGUAUUUUACAUGGUAAAUAAAUGAUUGGUACAUAAUAAAC